GAAUGUCCCUGUUGGAGUCCUGGCAGGGCUCCAGCCAGAACUGAGCACUGGCAGGGAUGUAAAGCUGGGCAUGAUUCAACACUGCUGGAUUCAGUUCAAGCCCAGUAAUAGAAGAGCCUCCCUGAGCUUGUGGUCGCCAUACCUGCCAAUCAUCUUCCCAAGGGCUGAGACUCCAGAAUGAGUCCUCAAGGACUUCUUUCAAGACUCACAGAAACCUCCACCCUGGUGAUGGCACACAGGGACUGUUUUCUUGUUCUUAGUCUGAAUGACUGCCAAGCAGGAGAGCAACGGUAGAACAGUCAAAUCCCAGGCUCUCCCCAUAGCUUCUAAUCUCAGACCUUGUUAAACUCCUUUCUGAGCCCAAGGACAAAAGUCACUUGAACAAAUGAGUUUAAGUCAUGAAUGAAAACUCUCACUCUUUCCAUGAGAAAGAAUUAAGAGAUGGACAGGUUGAAAGUGUGUCUGCUGGGUCCUCUGCACCAUGUGACAAGGACAGCAGUGCUCUUCUGGCUUUCAGAGGAAUUUCUAUCUCAGAGCUGAAGAACCACAGCGUCCUCCAAGCCCUGACAGCAGAGGCGAACGGCUGGGAGCCUGGUGUUGUGAGUACAGAAGUCCUCCAAGCCCAAGAAGAAUGGGAAGCUGUGGACAGCAUCCACCCAGAGACAGGGAGCCGGGCCAGCAUAGACCAGCCGGGGCAGCUCAUCUCCUUCAGUGAGGCCCUGCAGCAUUUCCAGACAGUGGACCUCUCCUCCUUCAAGAAAAGAAUCCAGCCCACCAUCCGAAGGACUGGGCUUGCUGCCCUCCGGCACUACCUCUUUGGGCCUCCGAAGCUCCACCAGGGCCUCCGUGAAGAAAGGGACUUGGUCUUGACCAUCGCUCAGUGUGGCCUGGAUAGCCAAGACCCCAUGCAUGGCCGAGUCCUGCAGACCAUCUAUAAGAAGCUGACUGGCUCCAAGUUUGACUGUGCCCUCCAUGGAGACCACUGGGAAGAUCUGGGCUUUCAGGGAACAAAUCCAGCCACAGACCUCAGAGGAGCAGGCUUCCUUGCCCUCCUGCAUCUCCUGUACCUGGUGAUGGACUCAAAGACUUUGCUAAUGGCCCGGGAGAUUCUCCGCCUGUCUCGUCAUCAUAUCCAGCAAUUCCCCUUCUGUUUGAUGUCUGUGAAUAUCACGCGUAUCGCCAUCCAGGCCUUAAGAGAGGAGUGUCUUUCCAGGGAGUGUAACCGGCAGCAGAAAGUGAUCCCCGUGGUGAACAGCUUCUAUGCCGCCACCUUCCUCCGCCUGGCACACGUCUGGAGGACACAGCACAAGACCAUCUCAGACUCAGGCUUUGUCCUCAAGGAACCUCUGGGUUGUGCAUCCCGGAGCCCCCUCCCGCAGCCUUCUGUUCCCCAAUCCUCUCUGUUCCAGAUUUGGAGAUGUCGGCCAAGAAGAGCCCCAGACGGCUGCUCAAAACCCUGGAGAUCUACUUGGCUGGAGUGUCAAAGGGACAGGCCUCCCUGUUGGGGACACAGAAGUGCUCUGGGCCACAAGCCCCUCACUCCAAGGAUCUCACUUUCAUAGGCGUGUGUGACCUGCCAUCACACUCGUCCGAAGGCACAUGGCUGAUCUGACCAACCCCGGUGGCCACCGCCCAGGAAGCCUUGGAAGGGCUUUCAGAGGGCGGACCCUGGCUGGGCCUCGCCCCUUCCGGUCCUAGUGGAAGGGAUGUAGGAAGCCCCUGGGCCUUGUGGGUGGAGCCAAGGGCCCUCACCUGCUUGAGACAUCAAGCCAUUAGAUUAGACUCCCUCUCUGGAGCCCUGCUUUCAGGGCGAGGAGAGCUUUGCUGUAUUACUAGUUGGGCGACAGCUUCCAUAGUCGGAUUCCAGGUAAUAUCAGUGACAGCGAAUGGAUCAUCAGGUGGGAGAACCCAUAUGCAUGUUCCACACAGUCCCCUAUCAAAGAUGCUCCCAAGUAGAAGCGCCAGAACCUGGCAGUGGGUCUUUCAGGUCCUGGGGUCCACAGGACAAGGACCAGACCAGGGCUGAGAAUUUAGAAUGUGAAGGGAGAGGGUAGUUGCGGCAGCAGCCGACAGGGGGCGGUGUGAGUCAGUGCAUGCCUUUUCUGGUCCGGCGCCCACCCCACCCUCAUCUCUCCCCAUGCCUCCUCCCUCCCAUAGGGAACCAGGCCCGCAGCUGGGCUCCCCCCGUGGAAGCUACACAUGUCCCAUCAGGGCCGGUUUUCUGGCCUGGUUGAAGGAAGGAGGAAAUUCACACACCAGCAGUUUUUGAAUAAAAUAAUUCUAGG